AUGACGGAAUCCGCCCCUCCGCCCUCCGUCCCCAACACGACCGCAACGCCGGCAGGCCCAACAACCACCGCAAAUCAAUCCACGGCCUCCAACAAUAACAACAGCAAUGGAACAGCAUCGGCUCAGAGCGGCGCCAACCGCGGCCUACCAUACUAUGAGAAACUGCGACGCGAGCUACGCGACACGUUACAGAAGAAGCGAUUAAUGGAUAAGAGUAUGGCCCAACUCGAAGAUCAAAUCUUUCGCUUCGAACAAUCCUACCUCGAAGAAACAACUGCCGGGAACAUCAUUAAGGGAUUCGAUAAUUAUAUCAAGGGCUCAUCUAGCGGUGCCGGCGCUGGCGGGUCAUUGGCGCUUUCUGGAGGCGUAGGUGGCGCCAGAAGAAAGGCACAGGUGACGGAUGCCGAUCGCGUUUUCUCGAGAAGCUCGGCGAGCUUUAUGCGGGAUUCGACACCAUCAUCUGUUCAGACUACUCCGUCGCAUGCCCCAACCCCGACAUCUGUCAAUGGAUCGUCAGGGAAACCGAAUGGCGAUUCUUCUGCGCCUGGAAGUGUGAAAGGAGGAUCGUCUUCGUCGAAGAAUAAGAAAAAGUCAAAUGCUAAUAAGGAUAAGAAUGAUGACGAUGAUGAAGCGGGAGAUAAGCCACCCACGAAGAGGUUGAAAAUCAGCUACGGAAGGGAUUGA